AUGAGUUGUUUUUGUUGUGUUGGAAAAUCACGCCAAAAGAAUCAAACAAACAAUUCUAGCCGUAGAGAGAAUCACACUAAUAUCACUUCACCUGAUAAGGUCAAAGUUGAUUUGAAUUUGACUGUGAAUGAUAAAAAGGAAGAUGAAUCUAAACAUGAUCAACUUUCCUUGGACGUGAAGAAUUUGAAUUUGAAAGACGGGGUUUCCCCCGAUGGAAAAGUUGCAAAGACCUUUACUUUCGAAGAACUCGAAGCUGCAACAGGGAAUUUUAGGUUAGAUUGCUUUGUUGGUGAAGGAGGGUUUGGAAAGGUUUAUAAGGGUCACAUCGAGAGAAUAAACCAGGUUGUUGCAAUAAAGCAGCUCGACCCGAAUGGUCUUCAAGGGAUCAGGGAGUUUGUCGUUGAAGUGUUGACGCUUAGUUUGGCAGAUCACCCAAAUCUUGUCAAGCUAUUAGGGUUUUGUGCCGAGGGAGAGCAGAGACUAUUGGUUUAUGAGUACAUGCCGUUGGGAUCUUUGGAGAAUCAUUUGCAUGAUCUUUCGGCCGGAAAAAAGCCGCUGGAUUGGAAUACAAGGAUGAGAAUAGCGGCUGGUGCGGCUCGAGGUUUGGAGUAUUUGCAUGAUAAGAUGAAGCCUCCUGUCAUAUACCGCGACCUCAAAUGCUCCAACAUUUUGUUAGGCGAAGAUUAUCAUCCAAAGUUAUCUGAUUUCGGCUUGGCAAAAGUCGGCCCGAUUGGUGACAAGACUCAUGUUUCAACUAGAGUUAUGGGCACCUAUGGGUACUGUGCUCCGGAUUAUGCAAUGACAGGCCAAUUGACGUUCAAGUCUGAUAUUUACAGCUUUGGAGUUGUUCUUUUGGAGCUCAUCACAGGCAGAAAGGCUAUCGACCAUAGGAAACCUGCUAAAGAACAAAACCUAGUUGCAUGGGCAAGGCCGUUAUUCAGAGACCGACGAAGAUUCUCAGAGAUGGUAGAUCCAUUGCUUGAAGGUCAUUAUCCAGUAAGGGGUUUGUACCAAGCUCUUGCUAUUGCGGCAAUGUGUGUUCAAGAGCAACCUAAUAUGCGUCCUGUAGUAGCUGACGUGGUUACGGCUCUAAAUUACCUUGCUUCGCAAAAGUAUGAUCCGCAAACUCAUCCAGUACAAAGACCGAGAAAAAGUUCAUCUUCUUCAAGAGGUAGUAGCGCAGGUCAUAGACGUGUUACUAGUAAUGAUUCCGAGUCAAACAGAAUCGGAGAUUAG